CUUCAGACAGACCACCAGUGUUGAGCUCAGAUACUGAAGCUGACUAGAUUUUAUUUAGAGAUUUCAAACAAGCUGAACGGGAGCUUAAAUUUCCGCUAAAGUCUUCCUGUCUCUUGGAUUAGUUUGAAUUUUAGAUGUUUUGAUUUUUGUUGGGAGCACCUUGUUCCAUGAGGUCAUAGAGCUAACACAUCCUCUGUGCUGUUUCACUGUUCUUUCAUUCUCUUUGAAUGCUGAGGUCAGUGGUUGACCCCCAGAAGAGAGGAGGUGAAGUGGUGACAAUGUGGAUUCCCACACCCAGCAUGACUCUCCCUCAGCGGAUGGUGCUGUAUGGGACGUGUGUCGUGGCACUGAUGAACUCUAUAGGCCUUCUGGUGCUCUUGGUCCAGCAGAAUCAGCAGUGUGCCAGGCUGGAGCAGACAGAGGCACGGCUGAUGGAGGUGGAGCAGAGCUCUGUGGUGGAGUUUCUUCAAGAGGUGCCCAGAGGAGCAGCAGGGCUGCGGGCGAGCGUGGGGGAACAGCCACAAUAUCAGUACCAAUACUCCAGGAACAAGAGGAGCAAAGAAGAGGAAAAGGAGCUACAGCAGGAGCUGCAGGAGAUUCGCCAGGAGGAGGGAAAGGAGAUCAGUGAGCAGGAGGCCAGCCAGGAGGUCGGAGAGGAAACCGAGAAGAGGACGAAGCACGAGAAGCACAAGCAGCGGCACAGCCAGCACUACCACAAGGCGCAGGUGCAGGACGACAUGAUGAUGAUGAUGACAUACUCCAUGGUCCCGAUCAAAGUGCUGAUUGAUAUUUGCAACAGCACCAGGGGAGUCUGCAUAGCUGGCCCUCCAGGUCCGCCGGGUUUGCCUGGUGCAGAUGGCCUGCCUGGACACAAUGGGACUGAUGGCAUCCCAGGACUGAAUGGACUUCCUGGGGCUGAUGGGAAAAGAGGAAGAAAAGGGCCACCAGGUGAGAAAGGAGAACCAGGAGAAAGAGGGGAGCGAGGAGAGCCGGGCCCACCCGGAGAGAAGAUCCAACCAUCCAAUGAUGCCAUUAUUGAGGGUCCACCUGGGCCUCCAGGACCACCUGGGCCUAUGGGUCCUCCUGGCCCGCCGGGGCCUCAGGGGCCUCCCAGAGUAGGGCACCGCAGAGCUCACCUCCAAGCUUCUCAUAAUCAGGGGCUACAUGCCAUUCCAAAUGAUGAAACCUCACCUGUAAAGGAGACAGAAAAAGUACACGAGAAGACUGCCAAAAGGAACGACUGCCUGAUUAAGUCUCUGAUCAACCCCAGAAAUGUGACAAAGAUGAAAACCACAUUUGGCACAUGGAUGAAGGACACCGCUCAGCUGAACGAUGAGCGAAUAUGGGUGGCGGAUCACUUUUCUGGUCGCAUGCUGAAGGAGUACAAAAGCAUUUCCUUCUUCCAGAAGAACAGCAGCGACACCAUAGACGUUAUAAAGUACUAUCAAGGCUGCGGCCACAUCGUUCACAAUGGCUUCUUUUAUUAUCAUGCUGCUGGCACUCCCAGCAUUGCCAAAUUUGACUUCAGCACCAAAAGGCUUCAGACUCUCACUAUUGAAAACUCUUUGUACAACAACCUCGCCUACCUGCUCCCCAACUCUAAGACCUACUUCAAGCUGGCAGCAGAUGAGAACGGCCUGUGGCUGAUCUUUGCAUCCAAUGUUGACGAGAGCAUCAUGGUGGCCCAGCUGGACCAGAAGACCUUCUCCGUCACAUCCUACGUGAACACCACCUAUCCUCGCAUCAAAGCCGGCAACGCCUUCAUCGCCUGUGGCGUCCUGUAUGUCACCGACACCAAAGACACCAGAGUCACCUUUGCGUUUGACCUGCUGAAGGGAAAGCCGGUCAAUGUGACCUUUGACCUGAGGUCUGCUGGUGAAGUGCUGGCAAUGCUCUCCUACAGCCCAAAGGACAGACACCUGUAUGUUUGGGACCACAGCUACGUCAGGCUGUAUGUGGUCCACUUCAUCUCUGAUGAGUGAGAAACAUGAUGUCCGAACACGACUGUUACAGUAAAUACUGAGAGCAAAACGCCUGCAGACUUUCAUCUAUUCACUGCAUCUGAAAACUGAUAACACAAGAGUGGCAUACAGUGUGUGUGUCGCUGUUUUAAAUAUAUUGUCCCGUGUUACUUUUGUGUUAAGUGAAAUUGUAAUUGACCGUCAAACUAUUUCACUAAAGUAAAUAUGGUUUUGGUUAACAAGACGUUUGCGCUGUUGCCUCACAGCUAGAAGGUCCUGGGUUUGAAUCCGCCACCUGGCCAGAGCCUUUCUGUAUGGAAUUUGCAUGUUUCUCCCGUGUAGUCCAGCUUCCUCCCACAGUCCAAAGACAUCCAGUUAGUGGGGUGAGCUCAACUGGCAAUUAUAAAUUGCCCAUAGGUGUGAAUGUUUGUCUGACUAUCUGUUAGCCCUGCAGCGACUGCUGACCUGUCCAGGGUGUGUCCAUCCUUUCGCAGAAGAAAAUGUAUGAAUGGAUGGAUGAAGGAAGUGCUGUAUUUACUGUACAUGGAGUUUUCAAAGGACACAAGAUUUACUAAUAGUGUGAAAACUUAUCAUUUUGUAUAAGCUGGCAGUUUAUGCCAAUCAAACCUAUAACUCAACUUUUGUUGCCAUUUGCGUUUUUGCAUGGUGGGUCACCACUGCUUGAUUUUUAUACAGAUGUAACUCGUGAUGUCCCUUCCCCCUCUUUUUGUACAUAUAGACAAACCUGCCUUUGUAAGGAAGCAGCACAGCUGUCUGGCUGCAAAGGAUAAUAAAAAUUAAAAUUAAAAAAAAGGAGGAAAAAAAAGCGCCAAAUCA